GGGCAGGCGCCGGAGGGGGCUGUUCUGGAGCUUGGAGGGGGCGAGAACUUACACAGAAAGGCCCAGAAAGCGAGGGCUGCGGCCCCGGGGGUGGAACCCCGGAGAGCGCUGGGACCUAGAACGAGCCUGGUGGUGGCCAGGCGAGGACUGGAGAGAACCUGAGGUGGGUGGACGGGUGGGAGCACGGAGUUGUUCAGACACGUGGCUGGAGAGAGGGCCGGAACCUGGGGGUCCUAACGUCGGGGCCCCUGUGAAUAGGCUUGGCUUGUAUGGAGGGGAUCAGGAAAGGCUUGGGCCUCAGCCAGCCCUCCGGAUGCUGGUGCUGCCAUCCCCCUGCCCUCAGCCUCUGGCAUUUUCCUCCGUUGAGACCAUGGAGGGCCCUCCCCGUCGGACAUGCCGCUCCCCAGAACCUGGACCUUCCUCCUCCAUCGGAUCUCCCCAGGCUUCAUCUCCUCCAAGGCCCAACCACUACCUGCUUAUUGACACUCAGGGUGUCCCCUACACAGUGCUGGUGGACGAGGAGUCACAGAGGGAGCCAGGGGCCAGUGGGGCUCCAGGCCAGAAAAAGUGCUACAGCUGCCCCGUGUGCUCAAGGGUCUUCGAGUACAUGUCCUACCUUCAGCGACACAGCAUCACCCACUCGGAGGUAAAGCCCUUCGAGUGUGACAUCUGUGGGAAGGCAUUCAAGCGCGCCAGCCACUUGGCACGGCACCAUUCCAUUCACCUGGCAGGUGGUGGGCGGCCCCACGGCUGCCCGCUCUGCCCUCGCCGCUUCCGGGAUGCGGGUGAGCUGGCCCAACACAGCCGGGUGCACUCUGGGGAACGCCCGUUUCAGUGUCCACACUGCCCUCGCCGCUUUAUGGAGCAGAACACACUGCAGAAACACACACGCUGGAAGCAUCCAUGAGCUGGGCUGCCAGGUGCCCCAGGUACCACAGGACUUUGCAGGGAGCCUGGACUCCUGUCUAGACACCUCGUGAGAGCCUGAGGCUGGUGUUCAGGGCCCUGGACAGAGACACAGAGCAGCCGCAUCUCAAAGGCAGAGCCCUGUCUGAAGGAGGAAUCCGUGAGUAAUCUUCAGGUCCUCCGUGUUUUGGAGCUGAGAUGGGAAUGAGCCCCUACACAGAAUGGAGUCCUCUAGCCUAAAGAUACCAGCUGUUCCAUGGCAGAGCCUUGACUGGAUGGGAGUGGGGAGUGUGGUGUGUAAAGUCUCUGGCCUCAUAAAAGGUGGCUGUGGGUCAUCAGGAAUCUGCCAUCUUCCUGAGGCUUCUGCGCUGUUGUUGGGGAAGGGACCCCAGUCCUGCCUUCCACCCCCCAACCAGGCCUGAGACUGAUCAAACAAUAAACACGUUUCCCACUCUGA